AUGGCUGGUGUUCAGAGUACAGAGGAGGAACCUAUAAUCAGCAAAGAGCAUUUGUUUGUCAUUUCUGAUGAUAUGACACAAGAUCAUGACUCUGUCCUUCACAUCCAGAAGUUGAUAUCAAAGCAUUUGCAAGACUCUAAAUGCAUUAUUAAGAACAUGCAUGAAUUCACUGAUGGGUGUGCAGGACAGUACAAGAGCAGACACUACCUUGGUGACCUCUCCUGUUCCUUGGCUACUCUUGGAUAUACAGUCCAAAGAAACUUCUUUGCCACUUCACACGCUAAAGGUGAACAGGAUGCUGCUGGCUCGCACAUACAAUGUAAAGCAGAAGGCAACUACUGCCAUCCUCUGUAG